AUGAAUACCUCAAAUGCAUCACCAGCACCUGUUUCAUAUGCAAUAGCAACGGGAAAUCGAUAUUUUGUGAUUACUCUAACAAACUUUCCAAACCUAUUGGAACGUACACAACAAUAUCAACAGUCACCAAAUCAACGGCUUCGAGGUGGUAUGUUAAUACCAUAUGUACCAAUUCAUUUCGGAAUCGCUCACACAGAAGAGCACGAAACACUUCUGUACAAUACAUUACGAUUCCAAUUAGAAGAAUCGAUUCGAGCUUAUCUUCAACGAACUCGACGAUCUUAUCCAAUUAAUGUGGUUCUUGAUUUGUCAAAUUUAUUUUUAUAG